UCUUGUCCUGGCCUCCUGGGUUGAGUUCCAUUCGGUGUAGGGUCGGAGAGAGAGAUGCACGCACCUGGCGUUGCUUAUGACUCGGGUCAAGUCAAGGUUUUAAGAGGAAGAGGGUCUCGCCGUGUGAGGGGGGAAGAAAUUUAGCACUAAAAGUGGUCGUGAUUUUAAAAGUUAUCUUCUCUGUCUCUUCAAAGUUUAGAGAGAGAGAGAGAGAGAGAGAGAGAGAGGUUGGCUGCGAUUUUUUCUGCAGAUCAUAGAGAAGAAGAGGAAUUAGAUCGAUCCAUUAGAGAUCGUUCCUUGAGACGGGUACAGAUAUAUGAUAAUCAAUAGAACUCAGAAUCCAAGAAACAAGCUUACUGUUAUCCAACUUCCAUUAUUGUAAAGCCUUGGCCUCGAUCUCACUUGGUUUAGUGAUAGUUCCAUUCAGGUUAUUUUCAAGUUGCAACCUGCAAGGCUAUGCAUUGAUUACAAAUCCAAAUUUUGAAGCUCUAUUUACUCAGAAUUGAUGAAUUUCAUUGUUCUUGAAUCUUUUGACAGAGGAGAUACAUAUUUCAUGGAUUAUAUCAGGAAGUAACUGAAUCUGACUUCAUAUGUUGCAAACACUAAAGUGCUUUGCUGUAUCCAUUUCAUUGUCAUAUUUGAUAAGGCUACCUUUGUAGGUAAAUAAGUAUUGCCAUGCCGUUUGUUUGGAAAAUCAGAGUAAAAGUUUUAUGAAAUCAUAGUUGCAUAGGAAUUUCUUGAGCAUGAUGAAGGCCAUAUUGAGGACUAGGGCAGAAGAAGAAGAGGUAGACAAGCUUACGAGUUCUCCAAUCACAAGCAAGGACUUGUCAUUUAGACUUGUGAAGGUUGUCACUUUUUUAGUUAUAUUUGUCUCUGGUAUGGUUUUAGGAUUGGCAGCAACUGCACACGUAACUCGAUAUUUUACUUCCUCACACCAUGAACUAUUCUUUUCUCCAAUUCAUGUCGCACAAGUAUCCCAUGAGGAGGAUUGUUUAAGCAUAACAAAGUACAAAAAGGAAGAGGAUUGCUUGAACCUGAAGAGUUUUAUUAACCCAGGGCAUUUGACACAUAGCAUGACAGAUGAUGAGCUUUUGUGGAGGGCUUCAUUGGUGCCGAAGAAAGAGGUCUAUCCAUACAAGAGAGUUCCCAAGGUGGCCUUCAUGUUUUUGACACGUGGACCCUUGCCACUUUCACCAUUAUGGGAUCGAUUUUUCCAGGGCCAUGAAAAUUUGUUUUCCGUUUAUGUUCAUGCACUUCCUGGAUAUGAACUUAAUGUCUCCAGGUCAUCUGCUUUCUAUGGCCGCCAGAUCCCAAGUCAGGAUGUUCAAUGGGGAUCAGUAACACUUUCAGAUGGAGAGAGACGACUUCUAGCUAAUGCCCUGCUUGACUUCUCAAAUGAGCGGUUUGUUCUACUCUCUGAGAGUUGCAUACCAGUCUACGACUUCCUCACUGUUUACAAAUACUUGAUUAAUUCAGCCUAUAGCUUUGUUGACUCCUAUGAUGAUCCAAGCCGUUAUGGGCGUGGUCGUUACAGCCGCAAAAUGCUACCAGACAUUAAGCUCUUCCAAUGGCGGAAAGGGUCACAGUGGUUUGAACUCAACCGUACUUUGGCUGUGAAUAUAGUUGCAGAUGACAAGUAUUACUCCCUCUUCAGGAAAUAUUGUAAGCCUUCCUGCUACCCUGAUGAGCAUUACCUGCCUACUUUCCUGAACAUGUUCUAUGGAUCCAUGAAUGCAAACCGGAGUGUGACUUGGGUUGAUUGGUCAAGAGGGGGUCCACAUCCAGCGACCUUUGGGAAGGAGGAUAUUACAGAAGGAUUUAUACAGUCUAUAAAAAAUAACGGGACCACGUGUUCAUAUAAUUCAGAGCAGACACUUGUUUGUUACCUCUUUGCAAGGAAGUUUGCUCCUAGUGCAUUGGAACCCCUGCUCAAUCUGACCUCAACAGUGUUGAGAUUUUGAAAUUUUGACUUGUGUAUUUCCUUGUUCUUUAUUUUCUUUUCUUUUCUUUUGUUCAUCUUUUAGGCAGGGUUUCAUCAUGCUUUUCAAAAUUUUGGUAGAGUUUGCAACUGAUCUUAUAGAAGCUAAGAGUGUGAUUGAAGUCGGGUCAACUAUCUGACUGAAACAAUCCGAUUAUAUGAUGGAUUGAAAUAGGAUUUAUAGUUUCUACCCCUUCAUUCGGGCUCAGGUUAAGAUUAUUGGCAACCUGAAUCCGACAAUAUUUA